AUGAUUGACAGUCAGCUGUCGGCACAGAGGAGGGCGAUGAGGAGCCUUCCUGAAGACAUCGGCCAGCAGAGGACCAGCACCUACAUCGUGCCCUGCUUCCUCUUUGUGGAGCUGGUCAUCAUGGCAGGGACCGUUCUGUUGGCGUACUACUUUGAGUACACGGACACGUUCCCCGUGCACAUCCAGGGCUUCUUCUGUUUCGACAAAGCCUACUCCAAGCCGUACCCGGGACCGGAGGACAACAGCAAGGCGCCGCCCGUCCUCGUCUACUCCCUAGUCACCGCCAUCCCCACUGUGACGAUUCUGAUCGGGGAAGUGACCAGUUUCUUUGUGAAGACGGAGGGAGCUCAGGAGAAGACCAUAGUGACCGCCGACUGCUGUUAUUUCAACCCCCUCCUCCGCAGGAUUGUACGUUUUCUGGGUGUCUACUCCUUCGGGCUCUUCACCACCACCAUCUUUGCCAAUGCUGGUCAGGUGGUGACAGGAAACCAGACGCCGCACUUCCUGUCUGCCUGCAGGCCGAAUUACACGGCUCUGGGCUGCCAGUCUCCGCUGCACUACAUCGCCGAGCGCCGCGCCUGCACAGGAAACCCGUACCUGGUGGCGUCCGCCCGCAAAUCCUUCCCCUCCAAAGACGCGGCGCUCAGCUUUUACUCAGCCAUCUACACGGUGAUGUACGUGACGCUGGUGUUCCGGACCAAAGGGACCCGGCUGACUAAGCCCACCUUGUGCCUGGUGCUGCUGUCUCUGGCCGUGCUGGUGGGGGUGGUGAGGGUGACUGAACACAGAAACCACUGGAACGAUGUCCUGGCUGGGUUCGUCACCGGAGGGGCCAUCGCUGCCUUCCUGGUGUCAUGUGUGAUCAAUAAUUUCAAGCAAACCCAGAUAGCAAUGCAGACUCCUCCACCUUCACAGCGUCCAGAGCCCGCCAUCGGGCUUCCCCUCCUCAGCCUGCCCCGCGUGGAGAGUCCACUCGAAAAGCUCCAGGGCUACCGUAUUCUGAGAUCACAUGACCAUCAGCCAAUCAGGUCCCCCGCCCCUCCCGAUGUGCUCCUCCCGUCACGGCGUUGCCUCACCAGCGCAGUCUAGACCUUCCCACUGAAUGCCCCCGGCCCUGCCCUGCCCACCCCGUAGGAAGACAUCCUCUCAGACGAGUCAAAUCCACGCAGGUCUGAAAGGUCCACCAAUCACAGGAGACAGAACAGCAACACGUGCUCGUGGCGAGCGCGGCUGAAACCUGUCACCCGCUAAGGACCAGUAGGAGUGGAUACCUGUCCUUCUGUCCUGUUCUGUCCUGUUCGUCCUCCACGAUGGCCUCCUUUUUUUCUUUCAGGUGAUAAAAGACCCAAUGAAAGAACCCGCCAAAGCCAGAGCUGUUUGAAGCAAUACUGUGUCCCUAUUUCCUUGUCCUGUUUUCCACAAAGACCCACGACAGGGACUCUAAAGACUGUUGG